UACAUAUGUGUGUCCAAAUUUAUAGAACUAGUAAAACAGUUGCUCAAAGAGCUUUACCCACUCCCUCAGAGCCAGCUCAUUCCAGCAUGCAUAGCAGAUAAAUAUUCCCAGGACCCCCCUCACACUGCAACAAAACCCCACUUCACAUACACACACUCUCCUUGCUCUGCCCACUUCUGCUGCUGCUGCUUCUGCCGCUGCCGCCACUAUCACUGCCACUAUGUCUUAUUUUGCGUUCAUUUUUGCCGCAUUUUUUGCGGUGAUCGCCGCCAGGCAAGCCCUCGCCCAGACGGCGGCGCCCGCCCCGGCGCCCGCGGGGCCGCCGAACAUCACGGCGGUGCUCGCGAAGGGCGGGCAGUACACGACGUUCAUCCGGCUGCUGAAGGAGAGCCGCGUCGACGAGCAGAUCAACAGCCAGCUGAACAACUCCUUCAACGGGCUCACCGUCUUCGCGCCGACCGACGGCGCCUUCAACUCCCUCAAGUCCGGCACUCUGAACUCCAUCUCCCAGCAGGACCAGAUCGAGCUCGUACUCUACCACGUCCUCCCCAAGUUCUACACCCUGUCGACGUUCGCCACGACGAGCAACCCUUUGAACACGCAGGCAUCGGCAGCGGGGGGCGGCGCCGACACGCUGAACGUGACGACCGGCACGGCGGAGGGGCAGCAGGUGAACGUGUCGACCGGCGUCGUCGAGACGCCGAUCGCCAGCGCCCUCACCACCGACUUCCCCCUCGCCGUCUACUCCGUCAACAAGGUCCUCCUCCCCUACGACCUCUUCGGCCCCAAGUCCCCGGCCUCCGCGCCGCUCCCUGCGGCCGACGGCAAGCCCGGGAAGGGCCCGAAGAGCGCCGCGGGGUCGGCGGAGUCCGCCGGCGAAAGUAGCUCGGCCCCGGAGAGUAAUUUCUCCGGGUGGAGGGCUUUUUUUCUGGGAGCCGGGUUGGUGAUAAGUGCAAUUGGGAGUGCUUUUUGUUGAUGUGAGGAUUACUUAUGAUAAUACGUAGUUUGUGCAUGUAUUACUUUUUAUUUCUCUUAAUUACUUUGUUCUGGUGUGUUGAAUUUUUAUGCACGGUGGUGUUUGUACGUACUGCUUUGCUACGAGAGGAUCUGUUUGUUUAACUUAUUAGAAUUUUGAUGAUGUUA